GAAUCUAAAACUUUGUCUACACACACAAUACCUUUAAUAAACAGUAAAAAACUUGGACGACGAAUUUCCAAAUCAUACUUUUAUUAAUAAACAAACAUCGUUCUUUGUAACGAAUACGCGCGCGCAUGCGUGAAACAUACGAAAGAUGCGAGUAACGAAAUGCAUUCGUGUGUAACGUUUCGUUACUCGUUACUAGAUGCCGCACCCGUUACUCAGUAACGAAUACAUACGGUUUGCUACAGCUCUAAAAGUACAUUAAAAAAACAUUUCUUCAACGAUUGUGCGUGGUCCCUUUGUAACUGACUUUUCUAUGGCUGUCGCCCGGCUUAAUUUCUUUAUAUUAUGCAGUAAUUGUUAUAUUUUUUAAAGCAACGACGCUUUGGGUUUAUCUCGUAACGUGUGAACUUCAACGCAUAUUUUAAAAUGACAGCGUUUGAAGAAAUGGGCGUUUUGCCAGAAAUUGCCAAAGCUGUGGAUGAAAUGGAGUGGAUGCUGCCCACGGACGUGCAGGCGGAGGCCAUCCCGCUGAUCCUGGGCGGGGGCGACGUGCUCAUGGCCGCCGAGACGGGCAGCGGCAAGACGGGGGCCUUCUGCCUGCCCAUCAUCCAGAUUGUGUGGGAGACGCUCAAGGACUUGGAGGCCGGCAAGGGCGGCGGCUCCAAGGUCGUGCCGAAGACGUCCCCGCACUGGACGCUGAGCUUCUUCGACCGCGGGCCGGCGCUGGCGGUGACCCCCGACGGGCUGCGCUGCCAGUCGCGCGAGCAGAAGGAGUGGCACGGCUGCCGCGCCACCAAGGGCGUGCAGGGGAGGGGCAGGUACUUCUACGAGGCCACCGUCACCGACGAGGGCCUGUGCCGCGUGGGCUGGUCCACUGCGCAGGCGAGUUUGGAUCUUGGCACGGACCGCUUCGGGUUUGGCUUCGGCGGCACGGGCAAGAAGUCCAACAACAAGCAGUUCGACAGCUACGGAGAGGCGUUCGGGAUGCACGACGUGAUCGGCUGCUACCUGGACCUCGACAGCGGCACGAUAAAGUUUUCGAAGAACGGCGUGGACCUGGGAGUAGCCUUCAGCAUUCCUCAGCAAGUCCGGUCGUCCACGUUCUUUCCUUCCGUCGUGCUCAAGAACGCGGAGAUGUUGUUCAACUUCGGGGCCCAGCCCUUCAAGCACCCGCCCGGGGACGGCUACCUGCCGCUCUGCGAGGCGCCCAAGGAGCUGGUGAAGAACAACGACGUGGGGGCGGACGGGGGCGGCGCGACGCCGGGCAAGCUCCGCUCCAACGCUCCCCAGGCCAUCAUCAUCGAGCCGUCUCGAGAGCUGGCCGAGCAGACCUACAACCAGAUCCUCAAGUUCAAGAAGCACCUGGACAACCCGCGGGUCAAGGACCUGCUGGUGAUUGGUGGCGUCAACAUCAAGGACCAGAUCAGUGCGCUGAACACCGGGGUGGACAUCGUGGUGGGCACGCCGGGACGCAUGGAGGACCUCAUGUCGGCGGGGCACCUCUCCCUCACGCAGUGCCGCUUCUUCGUGCUGGACGAGGCGGACGGCCUGCUCAAGCAGGGCUACACGGAGCUCAUCGAGCGCAUGCACCGCCAGAUACCCAAGAUCACCUGCGACGGCCGCCGCCUGCAGAUGAUCGUGUGCUCGGCCACGCUGCACGCCUUCGAGGUCAAGAAGAUGGCGGAGCGGCUGAUGCACUUCCCCACCUGGGUGGACCUGAAGGGGGAGGAUGCGGUGCCCGAGACGGUGCACCACGUGGUGGUGAUGGUGGACCCCCAGAAGGACACCAGCUGGCACAACUACCGGUCACGCCCCCACAUCCAGACGGACGGCGUGCACGCCGAGGACAACGUGCGCCCGGGCAACAACACAGCAGAGACACUCUCCGAGGCGGUGAAGCUGCUGAAGGGUGACUAUUGCGUGCGCGCAAUCAACGAGCACAAGAUGGACCGUGCUCUCAUCUUCUGCCGCACCAAGCUGGACUGUGACAACCUCGAGAACUUCCUGCUUCUGAUGGGUGGCGGUGCGAAGGCCCGCAACAACCAGUACCGCUGCGUGUGCCUGCACGGCGACCGCCCGCCCCAGGAGAGGAAGGCCAACCUGGAGCUGUUCAAGCGGCAGGAGGCCAAGUUCCUCAUCUGCACGGACGUGGCUGCCCGCGGGCUGGACAUCACGGGGCUGCCCUUCAUAAUCAACAUGACGCUGCCCGACGAGAAGUCGAACUACGUGCACCGCAUCGGGCGGGUGGGGCGCGCGGAGAGGAUGGGGCUGGCCAUCUCGCUGGUGGCGACGGUGCCGGAGAAGGUGUGGUACCACGGCCAGUGGUGCCCCUCGCGCGGCAAGAAGUGCUUCAACACCAACCUGACGGACAGAAAGGGCUGCUGCAUCUGGUACAACGAGCCCAACUACCUGGCGGAGAUCGAAGACCACCUGAACGUCACGAUCCAGCAGGUGGACGCCGACCUGAAGGUCCCGAUGGAUGAGUUUGACGGGAAAGUCGUGUAUGGACAGAAGAAAAAGCAACUAGGCUCGCAGUACGAGAACCACGUCACGCAGAUGGCGCCGGUGGUGAAGGAGCUCUCCGAGCUGGAGAGCCAGGCUCAGCUCCUGUACCUGAAGAGGCACAGCAAGACGUCGCGCAACCGUUGAUCGCGUGUUUACGCGACUGUUUCCUCCUGACUGAACCGUAGAUUCCCUGCAGAGCAUGCAAUAAAGCAUAUUCUUCCGAUUUUGCUUAGUUUCAAAUCCCAAGUAGAUAAUUUGCUUCAAAAUGUACGACCAUAAGACUGUUCAGUAAGAAAUAUUUUGUAUAACUUUUCAUCCAGAUGGAAAAGAAAUCAUUUGUGGCCAAUGUGCUGGAUUUUUUUUUUUGUUUAAUUUAUCUUAUAUGUUCUGAUAUUAUUUUAUAGUAAAUACAAUUAAAAUAAAAUGGAAGUCUUAUUAAAUCAAGGAAAAUAGUGAUAUUUAAAAAAAAUUAUGCACAAUCUUUCGUUUUACAUCCUAAAUUCUAUGAUUGUUGCUACAAUGAUUUACCAGUUAUGUAAUGCUCAAGUCAUGUGAAUUAAAAAGUCAUGUGUAUUAAAGCAACUGAUGU